AUGGUGGUAUGUGAAGUCCGAAAGUCCGAGCAACACCUGCUCCUGACGGGUGAGGGGCCCCGGAGCCCCAGCAAGAGGAAGAGGGAGGAGAGCACCCCGAGGACGCGGGCAACGGCAGUCUGUGUGACAGCAUGGGGGGUGAAGAGAGUCCGGUACCGGAGACACAGGAAGCAGACUCUGGAGGCCCGGAGCUGUGACUCGGGGGUGGGGGAUCUGUAUGAGACCCCCAGUCCCAGCCCGCACUCCCCGGUCUAUGAGACCCAAGAGGAGCCCUGUCCGGGGAUCUCCUACAGACAGGCCGUGCAGAACUUCCGAGACUAUGGAGAGGAGGCCUAUGUGUUCUACAAGAGCCUGGAGGACACCUACCUCACCCGCCACUGCAUGGAAAACCAGCCACAGCUCAAACCCGAAUCUCGCUGCAAACUGAUCAGCUGGCUGAUUCCUGUACAUAAACACUUCAAGCUGGGCUUCGAAUCCCUGUGCCUUGCCAUCAAUAUCCUGGACCGGUUCCUAGCCUGCACCCCUGUGGCCACUGACUGCUUUCAGCUAGUGGGUGUCACCUCCUUACUUAUUGCAUGCAAACAGGUGGAGACACGGCCGCCCCGAGUGAAGCAGCUGCUUGCCUUGUGCUGUGAUACCUUCUCCAGAGAGCAGCUCUGCAAUCUUGAAUGCAUCAUCUUGCUUAAACUCCGAUUCCAGCUGGCAGCACCAACCAUUAACUUCUUCCUGCAGCACUUCUCUCUCCUGCAGGUUGCUGAUGGUCACCCCUCAGAUGCUGAUCUAUCCCAGGCCUCCAGGUCACUAGCUGUAGCCAAAGGCAUUGCAGAACUGAGCUUGGCUGAUUAUGCCUUUAACUCCUACCCUCCAUCACUAAUGGCGGUUUGUUUCUUGGCACUCUCAGAACAAAUGUUGGGCAAUGAAAGGCCCAUCAGUGUCCAGAGCAGCGGUUACUCUGAGAGCCAACUGAGGGAGUGCAUGGACAAGAUUGACUUGCUUAUCUCCUUAAACCGAGAUUCUUUGCAUCGCCUGCUGCCUAAUGAAGUCCCUGAUAAGAGUAUGGAUGUGGAUAAUUAG